AUGGACCGAGGUGGCGAAAAGCUUCUGGGAAUCAUUUUAGAUGAAGACCUAAGUUUUUCAAAUCAUAUUGAUAAGCUAUGUUCCAAAUUAGCCAAACGAAUUGGCCUUCUUAAAAAGUUAAGAUAUUAUCUACCAUUGGAUGAACGCAUUGCGUUUUAUAAUGCCACUAUUAAAUCUGCUAUGAUGUUUGGCAGCUGUGUUUGGUCAAAUACAACAAAAGAUAACUUGGAUCAAAUUACAAAAUUGCAAAAGAGAGCAGCUCGCGUAAUUCUAGAUGCCUCAACACGCGAUAGAAGUAUUCCACUCUUUUCCAAAUUGGGCUGGAUACCUUUUAGUAAGGAAGUGGAAAUUAGAAAGGCCAUGAUUUGUCAUAAACGUUUCUAUGGUAACUGUCCAUCUUAUAUUAUUGAUAUUCUACCAACAAAUGCCAGUCGCCACAAUAGAAAUACUCGUUAUCAAGACUUAACUAUUUGUUUACCCAAAACGAAGAGACAAAAUGAUGGUGGGCGAUCUUUUGCUGCUACUGCAAGUCGAUUUUGGAACAGUUUACCUCUUACUAUGCGUAAACUUUCAUCAGCUACACUUUUUAAAAAGAAACUUUAUGAUAAAGCUAAUUCAGAUAUGCUCAUAGAAUAAUUUAUUAUUUAGUUUUUUAGUAUUUUUAGUCUUGUGUAAUUCUGAUUUUUAAAUUGUAAUUAAUCUCGUAGUUUGUUAGUUUGAGGGCCACAAGUUUUUCACACUUGUUGUGUCACGUGUUACCCUCUUUUAAUAAAGUUUAAUCAAUCAAUCAA